AUGUCCUCGACAGCUGUCCCAGACUCGGGCUCAAGCGGGGGGAGCAACGAUGACAACACUGAACUCCUUGUGGCGGUUGUUGCACUCGUGAUCUCUGUUUUAGCCUUCGUCAUCGCCAUCCUUCAAGCUCUUCAGCAAUAUCUUGCCACCGCUACCGGCUUCUCCUCUUGCAGCGAGGCCGUCAUAGGGAAAUGGUCCCAAUUCGCUAGGCGUCAAAUGGUCUGGAGUGAAUUUCGAUUCGAGGUACAAUUUGAGGCCCCUGUCAUCUUUGUCGCCAAACCGAGCAAUACCAGAGGCCCUUUGGGCGACGAUGCUCUGGCCAAGGAUGAAAGCAGAAAAAUAAUUCGGUUGGAUGGCAGUAACGCCAACUUCAAAUACACCGAUACUGUCAAGGAAUAUGACGACAAUUAUAAGAAGAGCACACAGCAGGUUGUGCACACGGCUGACAACGAGAAAGCCACUUGGUGCGCUCUUCUCAUGGCCAUUGUCCGAAUGGAAAAGGAAUCUCGCGAAUGGCAGGGCAAGAAAUCAGGAGAGUGGCGCAAGGCAACUGGUCCUCCUCGCCCAGCACUUGAUAAACCAGACUCCCCACAGGAACCUGAUGCUCACCACUCCCUGCUUGUCUGUAUGCAGAGAAAGAGACGUACGUGGGACAGUAUGCCCAAAGACUUCGCCAAGCCUUAUGCCACCACUACGAUAUCCCACAUCGUGGAAAUUGCUGCCAUGUUAGGUAUCCAUUGGAGGCAGUUCGACUUAAACAACGACCAGUACCGCGCCCAGGGUAACGGCUUUGUGCUAUAUGGUUCAUAUACAGAUGGUCUUGGCAUAUGCUUCAAUUUCCAGAAGCAAGGGCCAACGUGGUUUGAGAAAAACCGCAUUAUACCCAGCUACAACGUCAAGCAGUUGUGUUUUGGUAUGGCUCCAACGAUAUUCUACCAAGAGCGGAAGGUAUACGCAGACGAAGCCAAAGGCGCCGAAAGUCUCCAACUGGGAAGUCUUGCUGAGAUAGCAAAGACGUUGGUGGUAUUUGGUUGUGAUAUUAACACGGUCAACUACUUUCGCAAAAAUACUGAUCAAGCACGUCAUAGCCACAUUUUUGCUGUUCCAUUCGAGAUACUUGGCAUGGUUGGCGAGAUGCUGCAUGUGAAGGAUACCGUAUUCCGCAUGCUUCCAAACCCAACAGUGUUCUUCUGGGAUCCCAGCACUUUCUCUCUUCCUACACUACUGGCAGAAUACAUCACCUCGUUGCGGCUUCUACGAGACCAGUCUCUGAUCGGAAGUGAGCAAAUAAAGCGAAUACUAGAAUGGGCGGAAAAGGACCAGAAGUUUCCACUCUUGCGGAGCGAGGGAUCAACAUUGGACGUUUUUGGCGAAGACAUCAACGGGGCCACAUUGAUCAACGGCCUCAACCAUCUUCGCGGCGGAAUCGAACUGUGCGACGAGUACUUUGGGAAGAUGGACAAACCGGGUUUGUCAAUGGUCAAAAAGGUCGUGCGUGUCCACAUCCAAGAGGUCAUGAGUAUUCUGCACGAGAAGAAUGAGUCCGAAAUCAGCAAUGAGACCGCCGAUGAGGCUUUGAGUGAUGCGCCUAUCACCAUCCAUGACAUUGAUUCGGCAUCAGCGGAUGAGAGGGAAAGUCUCCUGAUACAAAUGUACUUCGCUCGUGUACGGGCUAAUGUUCUCCGGAUUGUGAAUCAACAUGGCCUUCCUGGGAAGCAUACGAGAGCCAGAAAAGACUCCUUCGCUUCAGACAGUAUUUCGAAUCAUGGCAACUCUAAACAUCCCAAUAGGUACGAACCUAACGAAAUCAACGAAGUCUGGUGCACACUUCUAUUCCGUAUGUUGUGUUGGUUGCAACUACACGAUUUUCACAAGAUGGAUUUGCACAUCAGCAAGAGUGACGCCUAUGCAAGUCGAAUUCCGGUUUUCAUGGUCUAA